UUCUCUUCCGCGUUUCAAGCGACCCGGAGGGGGGGAGGCGACGGGCCUAUGUGGUGGCGCAGAACCGGUAUUUUGACAGUUCCCCGCCAGACACACAUCGUAAAGGUAGCGCGCUCUCCGCUGCCUCUCCUGUCCGUAUCUUGCGACUCAACCGCUCGUCUCCAGUCCCGCCGCAGCCUCGCGAUGGCCCAGGACAGUGGAUUGGUGCUCGUCACCGGGGCCUCCGGUUUCAUUGCGCUGCACGUGGUUCGAGCCCUGCUCAAGCAAGGCUUCCGAGUGCGCGGUACGGUCCGCGACGCCAAGAACGACCGCAAGACCAAGCCGCUACGGACUUGCUACCCCGAAGCCCAGCACCCAGUGGAAUUGGCGGAGGCCGACCUCCUGGACGACGCCGGAUGGGCCGACGCCGUCAAGGGCUGCCAGCUUGUCGUUCAUGUGGCGUCGCCGUUUCCAAACGCCGAACCGAACCAUCCCGACGACGUGAUCCGACCGGCCGUCGAAGGCACGCGACGCGUCCUCAAGUUCGCCGCUGACGCCGGCACGGUCCGGCGCGUGGUCCUCACCAGCACCAUGGGUGCCGUGCACGGUGAGGUGGACACUCCGGCAGAUCGCGAGUACGACGAGAACGACUGGACCAACGUGGACUUCAAGGGUCUCGAGACGUACGCCAAGAGCAAGACCCUGGCCGAGAAGGCUGCUUGGGACUUCGUAAACGCGCUACCCGCCGCAAAGCGCUUCGAGCUGGUCACCGUCAACCCGUCGCUGGUGUUCGGCCCGCCGCUGCACGGUGCCUACGGCACGAGCAUCGAGGUUGUCAAGCGACUGCUCGACAAGUCGACGCCCCUGAUUCCAUACGUCAACUUCGCCGUGUGUGACGUUCGCGACGUGGCCAAGGCUCACGUACAGGCCCUGAUCGUGCCAGAGGCGGCCGGUCAGCGACACAUCAUCAACUCGGGCAACGUCUGGCUCAAGGACAUGGCGCACAUGCUCCGCGAAGAACUGUCGUGUCAGGGUUAUUACAUUCCGUUCCUGUCGGCCCCCAACAUCGGUCUCUGGCUCGUCGGCUUCAUUGAUCGGUCGGCAAAGAUGCUCUACCCUCGGGUCGGCAAGGUGUUCAAGUUCUCGAACAAGCGGAUGCGCGAGGUCCUCAAGGUCGAGCCGAGGCCCAUCAGGGAGUCUGUCCUAGACACGGCUCACGGCCUCAUCCAAGCCGGCAUCAUACACGAAGCUCCCAAGUACGUCCGCAAAGAGCUGCGCCUGGACUGACCUCCCGCUUUUUGCGGCUAUGGACUUUGGGGACUGACCAUGGCUUCUGGGUCCGCCGUGUACGAUAUAUGCUGUCCUUAUUGCUAACUUGUGGGCAUGCUUGUGGUUCUCCUACCCACGUGAGGCGUUCCCGAACAAACAAGUAUAUAGUCGCGUGCUUCCGAGGGGGUGCCCUUAAUUCGUAGGGGGCAUGCCGUGCUCUUAACUAUCGUAACCGUUCGCGUGACUUUAAUUGGGUAGCAUUCGGCGCCCGCCGUCCAUAUACUGCCUCCGUCCAACAUUUUGGUAUAGCCAGUCUACUAGCUGCCUUACCUUAAUAAGUAACGAUGUCCGAGAGCAUGCAGCUGUGUGGUCUUUGGCUUUCAGCGCCGGGCAAUGAUCAAGCAAUUUCAUGACCAAAGUAGCUGUCAGCUCUUUGGAAUAAAUGCGUCGAUGAUGUUCCUUGAGGGCAUAUCGUGUCUAGCUUGGGUGUUUACGCUUUCUUCGCGAAAACAUUUCUUAUUAUAUUUUUUUCACGAUUCAUUACUUGUGUCUAUGUGCAUUUAGUGUGUUCUACACCGUGCAUCUGUACAUGCCGAAUAAAGCGUAAAUGCAUUGUUUUUUGAA